AUGAUUGGAGCCAACGUUCCGUCAGCAUCGAUGCCUCUAGAAAUUAAAGCUGGUGACAUCGAAGAACCAUAUGCUAUCCGCUCAAGGCUAGGUUGGCUCGUGUAUGGUAUACAAGCUCAAGAGCAAGCAGAUAUUCACAAAGUCUGUUUUUGUAAACAGGAAGAAGUUUCCAUCAUUCCUAGACAAGAGGAAUUAGAACGGAAAUUCAAAGACUUCUGCAAUAUGGAAUUUACAGAGAGACUAAGUGAUCACAGAGAGGGCCUGUCAGUUGACGACAAGACUUUCUUGGACAUAAUGGAGAAAUCUAUCACUAAGAAAGACAAUCAUUAUCAGAUAGAUCUGCCCUUAAAGCAGAGAGAUGUGGCUAUGCCUAACAACAAGGACCAAGCUGAAAGAUUUCUGGAAAGACAAGGACAGAAGUUAUCAAAGAACAAGGAAAUCCAUGAACAGUACACCACAUUCAUGAAUGAUCUGGAAAAGCAAGGCUAUGCAGAGAAGGUUCCAGAAGCAGACUUGGACAGACAUGAUGGGAAGGUAUGGUAUAUCCCUCACCAUGGGGUGUAUCAUCCCCAAAAGCCAGGAAAGAUUAGAGUAGUCUUCAAUUGUCCUAUCAGCUACAAAGGAAAGUCUCUUAAUCAGGAACUCCUACAAGGACCAGAUCUAACCAACAGAUUGCUUGGUGUUCUCCUCAGAUGGAGGAAAGAGAAAGUGGCUAUAAUGGCAGAUAUACAGUCUAUGUUCUAUCAGGUGAAAGUUACACCAGACCAAUGCGACAUGCUGCGUUACUUGUGGUGGCCUGAGGGGAAUAUCACCAAAGAGCCAGUAGCCUACAGAAUGCUAGUCCAUCUUUUUGGGGCUACAUCUUCUCCCAGUUGUUCGAAUUAUGCCCUGAAAAGAACAGCAAAGGACAAUGAAGGUUGUGCAAAGGAAGAAGUCCUAGAUGCCAUACAGAAAGACUUUUACGUUGAUGAUUUUCUGAAAUCAGUAUCAACACCCCAAGAAGGCAUUGAUCUAGCUGAAUCAUUAAGACAAGUGUUGUCCAAGGGAGGCUUCAAGUUAACCAAAUGGUCAAGCAACAGACGAGAGGUCUUGGAUUCCAUUCCAAAGGAGGAACAUGCUGUUGAAUUGAAGGAUUUGGACUUACAAAGGGAAGUUCUUCCAACUGAACGAGCUCUUGGUGUGAGAUGGGAUCCAGAAAAUGACCAGUUAGGCUUCAAAUUGAAAGAAAUGUCAAGAAAGGCUACUCGCCGAAACAUCCUAUCAGUAAUGAGCUCAGUCUAUGAUCCCUUCGGGCUAGCAGCACCAUUCGUUCUGAAGGCUAAGAUAAUUCUGCAAGAAUUGUGCCAAGCUAAAUUGGACUGGGACCAGUCAAUCCCUGAAAAGCAGAAAAUGGAAUGGGAACAUUGGAUGAAUGAGCUACAAAAUCUUGACCAGGUGAAGACUGAAAGAUGUCUAAAACCAAAGAACUUUGGUAUAGUAACAAACAGACAGCUGCACCACUUUGCCGAUGCUAGCAUGGAUGGCUAUGGUGUUGUGACCUACUUGAGACAGACAGAUGAGAAUGAAGAGGUUCAUGUGGCAUUUUUGACAGCUAAAGCCAGGGUUGCCCCACUGAAGCCUCACACUAUUGUUAAGAUGGAGUUAACUGCUGCAACACUCGCAGUAAAGCAAGACAGUAUGAUCAAGAGGGAAAUGAAUAUGGAGUUGGAUGAGACAGUAUUUUGGACGGACAGUCAAACAGUUCUGAAAUACAUUGCCAACGAAACUGCCAGAUAUCCAGUAUUUGUGACAAACAGACUGAGUAUCAUCCGAGAUGGAUCAGAGACAAAUCAGUGGAAGUACAUUCCUACCAAGUUAAACCCGGCAGAUCAUGCAUCCAGGGGAUUGGAUGCCAGUGAACUAACCAAGAAGAAGGAAUGGUUUGAAGGCCCAGAAUUCUUAAAGCAGUCUGAAGAAAUAUGGCCAUCUGAGGGUGUGAAAGCUCCAGCAAGAAUGGAGAAAGCUGAUGAUACUAAGUCAGGAGAUUUGGAUGAGACUCACAUUCAUGCCACAAUGAUAAACAAGGAGGAUCCAAUAAGUGCACUCCUGUCGCACUAUUCUGAUUGGGAUAAGCUGAAACGAGGAGUUGCCUGGAUAUUGAAGUUCAAGAAAAUGCUACAAGGAAAGGGGAAAGGAAUAGAUGGCAAUUCCAGUGAAAUGUUCAGCCUGACAAAUAAGGACAUUGAAGAUGCCGAGAUCGCAAUUGUUAAACAAUUGCAACUUGAAUCAUUCCCAGAGGAAAUGAAACGACUGGCUGGUCACGGAGAAGAGAAAGGAGUACCAAAACGCUCUACCCUUAUUAACCUUGAUCCAGAAUUGAGCAAUGGGUUACUUCAAGUAGGUGGAAGGUUGCAGAAUGCCCAGAUUCCAAGCAGUGCUAAACAUCAAUACAUCCUACCAAAGAAGCAUCAUGUAACCACUCUUUUAAUGCAAUACAUCCAUAGGAGAGUUGGUCAUCAGGGACAAAAUCACAUGGUAGCUGAAUUACGACAGAAAUUCUGGGUGGUAGGAGCUGGAGUUUUAGCACGAAACAUAGCAAGGAAAUGCGUCAUUUGUAGAAAGAACCAAGGAAAGGCUGGUCAUCAGAAAAUGGCAGAACUUCCAAGAAGUCGAGUUCAGAGUGACGAGCCGGCGUUCACCAGAGUUGGCAUGGACUAUUUUGGUCCUUUUGAAAUAAAGUGUGGAAGAAGCAUAAGGAAAAGAUAUGGCGUAAUCUUCACAUGCCUGUCCUGCAGAGGGGUGCACAUUGAAGUUGCAUCGAGUCUAGACACAAGCUCCUGUAUUGAGGCUAUUCGUCGCUUCAUCAGCCGCCGAGGACCUAUGAAAGAGAUGUUCUCGGAUAAUGGUACAAAUUUAGUAGGAGCUGAGAGGGAACUGAAGCAGGCAUUAAAGGAGCUGAAUCAAGACCAGCUGAUCAACUUUCAUGCAAACCAUGGCAUGAAAUGGCAUUUCAAUCCUCCUGCUGCUUCCCAUCAGGGGGGAGUAUGGGAACGCCAAAUUAGAACAGUCAGAAAGAUAUUGUGUGCAGUCAUGAGAGAGCAGUAUCUAAAGUCCUACCAGAACGAGGAGCAGCUCCAUACAUUUAUGUGUGAAGUGGAGGCCGUCAUAAAUAGUAGGCCUCUUACCCGAUGUUCAGACAACCCAAAUGAUCUGGAUGUAAUCUCACCAAACAGCUUGCUGACUAUGAAGGGUUCAACGACGCUACCUCCAGGGAUCUUCGACGACAAGGACAUCUACGCAAAGAAGCGGUGGAAACAGAUGCAGUACUUGGCAGACCUAUUCUGGAAGAGGUGGGUGCGAGAAUACCUGCCUUCCCUACAACGCCGACAAAAGUGGCUGCAGCCAAGUCGUAACCUUCAGGUGGGGGACAUUGUACUCGUCAUAGACGAAACAGCGCACAGAUGUUCCUGGUCCAUGGCCCGAGUGCAAGAGGUUAUGCCAGACAACAAGGGGUUCGUCCGCAGAGCGAAAGUGAAAACUGCAACAACAUCGCUAGUAAGGCCAGUAACCAAGUUGUGUAUUCUACUGGAGCAGGAAAUUUGA